CCCCGGGCGAAGGGCAAGGAGUUUGGGUCCCGGUGUCGCCAUGGCGGGAUCACACUGGGAAUCGGUGGAGCAGUGCUUGGAAAAGCACUUGCCAGCUGCAGACCUGCGGGAGGUGAAACGCAUUCUCUAUGGCAAGGAGACCAGGAAGCUGGAUCUGCCCUCCAGGGCCUGCCAAACCGCCUUGGAAGGGGAAUUUGAACUGCAGGGGUAUGCCUUCGAGGCUGCGGUGGAGCAACUCAGGCACCCUCGGAUCGUGCGUGUGGGGCUUGUUCAGAACAGAACACCCCUCCCUGCAGACACCCCAGUGGCCAAACAGGUGUCUGCCCUUCACAGCCGCAUAGAGGCUAUUGCAGAGGUGGCUGCCAUGUGUGGAGUUAACAUCAUCUGCUUCCAGGAAGCGUGGACUAUGCCCUUUGCUUUCUGUACAAGAGAGAAGCUUCCAUGGACGGAGUUUGCUGAGUCAGCAGAUGACGGCCCCACCACCAGAUUCUGUCAGAAGUUGGCAAAGAAACAUGACAUGGUGGUGGUAUCUCCCAUUCUGGAACGAGAUGGAGAGCACGGGGAUAUCCUAUGGAACACCGCUGUGGUGGUCUCCAAUUCGGGGGCUGUCCUGGGGAAGACUAGGAAAAACCACAUCCCCAGAGUGGGGGACUUCAACGAGUCCACUUACUACAUGGAGGGGAACCUGGGCCACCCGGUGUUUCAGACUCAGUUUGGGAGGAUUGCUGUGAACAUCUGCUACGGACGGCACCACCCUCUCAACUGGCUCAUGUACAGCCUCAACGGGGCUGAGAUCAUCUUCAACCCUUCGGCCACCAUUGGAGUGCUCAGCGAGUCACUGUGGCCUAUCGAGGCAAGAAACGCAGCCAUUGCCAACCACUGCUUCACCUGCGCCAUCAACCGAGUGGGAGAGGAACAUUUCCCAAAUGAAUUCACCUCUGGGGACGGAAAAAAAGCCCACCGGGACUUUGGCUACUUCUACGGCUCCAGCUACGUGUCAGCCCCUGACAGCAGUCGCACCCCAGGGCUCUCCCGCUGCCGUGAUGGGCUGCUGGUGGCUGAGCUUGACCUCAACCUCUGCCGGCAGGUGAACGACGUCUGGAACUUCAAGAUGACCGGCAGAUAUGAGAUGUAUGCACGGGAGCUCGCUGAAGCAGUGAAGCCCAGCUACAGACCCAAUAUCGUGAAAGAGUAGUCUCCAGGAAGCACAUCUCAACUUUCACAGAUCAGUAGGUGCAGCUAGCUUGACAUGUCUUGGUUCUCCCUGAAGAUACCUAAUAAUCUUGCUGUUUAAAAAAAAUGCAUAAAGGGAAGGACAAUAUAUGGAUCAAUUGCUUCCUAGGCUUACUGUCUGCUUCUGGGGUGAGGACAGAUAGAGAAAGCGCUUGGCCAGCACUGUGAUUGUACCAAGUGCCACUCGACCCAUUGUUCAGCUUACAGGGAUUAGUUUUGUGAGCUUGGGAGAUGAUUCACCUGUCCACAUGUGUGCAAGUAUCCAGACUUGAGCCUCAGGCCAGCACACAGGAGCGGCUGCAUGGGGGAAUAUUCACAAAAGGUGGAGUAGUGUUGUGGUAUCUCCCCUCUCUCUGUCUCUCCUUCUCUGUCUCUCACCCUUUAACUGGAAAAGGAAAAAAAAAAGUUCUCCAUGAGUAGUGAAAUCAUGCAGGCAUGAAGGUCCAACAUUAAUCCUGAAGGCAAAAAAAAAAAAAAAUUAGUUUUAGGAGCCAGGGAUGUGGCUCAGUGACAGAGUGCGUGCUUCCUAUUUCUAACGCCCAGCAUAAUGAAUCAAAAUAAAAUGAUGUAUUGUA